AUGGUUGGAGGGCCGCACACGACUGCAGCACGAGCGACGAGUACGGUUCUCAAUACAUGCGUGUCGCUCUUGAGCAUCGUUGAGUUGGCCAAGUCUCAGUCAUCAUGUUCAGAGGGGAUCAUAACCCUUCCUGUGUCAACAACAGCUAAGGACUGGAACUUAGCGACUCGCUCAACAACUGCUUGUACUGGAUCAGGCGAGUUCGAGGUCAAUUGGAGCGGGAACGUGCUGCUUUCACAGAUUAUCACAGUUCAAAACAGGACGGUGCUCACGGUGAGAGGAGUUGGUGCCGAAGCAGCAGUAAUCGACGAGGGUGAUGCUCAUGCUCGACGGGGUGUCGCUCAUUGGAGGCAGCGGUGUCGAAAGCGGCGGGGUAGGACUUUUUCUAUUUUUUUUUCGUAG